AGAAGAACUCGUAAAUUUGGGGAUGACGACUGGAGCUGCAGUAAACAUUUUAGAUAUUAUGAACGAACUACGCGCGCGGCUUGAGCCGUUCAUGUUAGAUUGCACAGCGACUUAUAAGAAAAACAAAAAAAAAUUUUCAAUCGCCAUCAAUGACUGGACGCUAUUACAAAGGAAAAUCAGGACGGAAUUUCUUGAUUUGCUUGAAGACGUUGACGAGUCUGAAAUUACUAUCAAACCAUCUGCAAACAAUGUAAUAAAAGAUAAAGAAACAUUCUACAGCUUUCUUGAAAACGUUCCCAAGCUAAAUGGGCUUAAAAGAAUCAAUUUUAAUGUUGAAACUU